CAAACGUUGAGCACCAAGUAGUAUUCUCUACGUCUAUAGAAAGUAGUACUUUUCAGCGAUGGCAAGAACCAAGCAGACCGCUCGUAAGUCCACCGGUGGUAAAGCCCCGAGGAAGCAGCUCGCCACCAAAGCCGCCCGUAAGAGCGCUCCGGCUACCGGCGGAGUCAAGAAGCCUCAUCGUUACCGGCCCGGCACCGUGGCUCUGAGAGAGAUCCGUCGCUAUCAGAAGUCCACCGAGCUGCUGAUCCGCAAGCUGCCCUUCCAGCGUCUGGUGCGAGAAAUCGCUCAGGACUUCAAGACGGACCUGCGCUUCCAGAGCUCCGCUGUCAUGGCCCUGCAGGAGGCCAGCGAGGCUUAUUUGGUCGGUCUGUUUGAGGACACCAACCUGUGCGCCAUCCACGCCAAGAGAGUCACCAUCAUGCCCAAAGACAUCCAGCUGGCCCGCCGCAUCCGUGGAGAGCGCGCUUAAACCCAACGCUUCAUCUUAAACACAAAGGCUCUUUUAAGAGCCACUAAAUUUACACUGAAAGAGAGUUUCCCCAUGUAACGCGGAA